AAUUUGUAAAGGACUUGUAGACUUGCAACUUUUAUUUCAAUCAGAAGAAAUUUGUCAUAACGAAAGGAUUUGGCCAUUCCUUUGUGUCCAAACACGUUGGGACCCCACCAGAGAAGCAAAAGACACCACAAAUGGCAAAUGAAGCGAUAGGAUUCAAUGGAGAAUCAAAAUUAUGCUUUAUAGGAAGAAAUGAAACGAAAAUAAGAACCACCAUUAACAGCAACUUGUUUGAUGAAGGAGAUGACUCACUUUCCAUGAUCACUUUGGUAAUUCUCUAUGGCAACAGAUUUUCCAAGGGUGGUAGUUUUGAAGCAAUGAGUCAAAAGAGUCUUUUCAGGGAGGACUGGUUUCAAAACGGCAGUUUUGUAUCUCUUACCUUGUAUAUAAAAGACGUGGACCGUGACGAGUCAAACGUCACCUUCACUCAACAGACCGUAACAGUGAAUUUGUUUAGUGCUCGAGACAAGAGUAUUUAUGAACAAACUUGGGAACUUUCCCACCCUGUUGUGGCUGAACAGUCGCUGGUGACUUACUUUCCUCAAAAAGUUGAGUUGAAAAUGAAGAAAAAGGAAGAGGGUCUACUUUGGAAACAAUUAACCAGUGGGGCAACGUUGAAGAGUUCAGAUAAUACUCAGUCCAGUUACAGUUCAAGGGAGACAGCAAGUUUACAGUCAGGGAGGUUCCCAAAACAAUUCGCAGUUGAAGAGGACGAUGACGAAGAGCAAGAUCAAAGCAAAGACCUUUUAGCUUUCUUUCGUGAUAUUUAUGAGAAAUCUGAUGAAGAUACUCGUCGAGCUAUGGUAAAGUCCUUUGUAGAGUCUCAAGGAAAGGUGCUAUCCACUGAUUGGAAAAAAGUGUCUUCUCAAAAUUCAAGAUAUGACAAUGAAUAACGUAUUAUCUAUUUCUUGAUAGUAGUUGACCAUUUAUUUACAUUUCUGAUAACAAUGUAUUUAGAAUAUAAGCAGGAUCCUUUGACGGACCAGUAUACUGAUUAAACAAGGCAAUUGCCUCAGCACGUGAAAUAGCAAGAAAUUCCAUCAAAGUCAAUAUCACUUGUUCUUCUGUGGACUGUUGACUAUUUGUAGUAUCUUCCACACAGUUAUCUUUCUUCAUUGCGGUACUUAAAUCUAUGUUAAAAAUAUAGUCUUGAUCAUUAAUUGUUUGCUCCAACAGACUAUCCACCUGUGUUAAAGCAUCGAUGCAUAAGGAUUCUGCAAAAGGAUCAUCCAAAUGAUUCUUUGCACACCACUCUUUAUGAAUGAACAAAUAAAAACGUAAAUUCUUAGCCAACUGAGGUUCAUAAAUGGAAUUGGCCUCCAUCACAAUGGUACAUAAGGAACUUGCUAUUGCUGGUAGAUUGAUAUGCUCCUCAAAAUAGCGCUUCCAAAGUCUUUUCCUUUCAAGAAAUUGAUAUCCUUCCAAAUCAUAAAGAAAUAAAAUAAAAGCACUCUCCUUCAA